AUGCAGUCGACUUCCUUCUUGCCCUUAACGCUUCCUUGCCACCCCACCUUCUCUCGCUCCAUGAAUCCGAUGAAGAAAGCGACAGCCAGGAAACCCAAUGUGAGGGUUUUCGCGUCGAGGAGAGAAGAGGACUACCAUCAGGACAGGUACUCGGGCGGCCAUCUGGUGGACCGGGACAUGAUCGUGCUCCGGAAACGGAUCCACGAGAUGAGCAUGGCGGAGCAGGGCCAUGAGCCGCCCCCCGAGUGGAUGGGCUGGGAGAAGCGCUGCUACGCAAGCUACAACUCCAUCAUCUGUGAAACCGUGGGGUUCCUGCAGUUUCAGAUGAUGACCACUAGGCCCAGGGUUGUUCUUGGAGUGGCGGCUUUGGUGGCGCUCAGUGUGCCGACGUCCUCGGCGUUGGUCUUGUUCCGUCUGGCUGAGAUGGUCGGAGAGAUCUUGGCAAGAUAUCAUCUCGGCGGCCAGUAA